UGCUCGUGAGCUGCUGUUGAGAACAAACUUUACACGUAAAUAAUCUAAUUGCGUUAAUUAACUGACUUGAGCUAAACAAAGAGGUGCGAAUUUAUCGAGAGGAGGAACGUAGACGAGAUCUGACCCAGGAAAUCCCGCCAAGGCAAUCAGGACAACAAUGCGACGCAAUGCGCGUCAGCAACAGCACAUUCAGGAAGAAAUCGGCCCCGACGACGUGGAAGACAUCUUUGCACGUCCCGCCUACGAUGACGACGAGUUCGAAGACCUGCUCCCUCUGGCCAGGAGGGCCAAUGGUCACGCACGCCUCGGGCGCUACGAGAACACGCUGGAGGUGAAGGUCCAAGAGGGAGACACACUCCAGGCGCUUGCCUUGCGCUUCCACUCCUCUGUGGCGGACAUCAAGCGGCUAAAUAAGAUCGACCGCGAAAACGAAAUCCACGCACAUCGGGUUAUUCGCAUUCCGGUCACAGUGCACAACGUCCUGCUGGGCAACGGGGGCCUUGAAGCUCUUCCCGCCGUCCACCGGAGCGGGAACAACAGUCCUAGGCACAAUGUGGAGCGUGAACCAGCUCCCGAACGCAAUCCCCUCGAAGAUGCGCGCCAAAUGCUGGAUGAGCGACUCCUGGUGGCGGCGGUAAACGCUUCAGGCGCCUUGGAUCACGACCAACCAUCGACGAGCAGAGCGGCUGGACAAUUCUAUGAGGGAGCCCAGGGAGCGCCCAAUGACGAAGCCAAUAUGGAGCAACCCUACGAGGAAAGUGCCACUCUGCUUAACCACAUGGUGGACAGACACGCUCCGCUGGUGCGUCCCAUUCCUGGACCCUCUUUGAGUGCCAUCGACUGGUCUGGAUCAGAUUGCGACUUGUCUUGGAUAUGUCUGCUGAUCUUCAUACUCGCCUUGUGUGUCGUCAUACCCUUGGUCUACGUUAUCUACCUGGCAGAGCAUCCACAUCACAACCACAGUGCCCAGUAGUUGGGUAAUGUAAGCAUCAUUCCAAACGACACCUCCUCACCUGGCCCCCUCUCAGAUGAGCCUAUCGCAUUUAAAAUGCACUCCCUGGCUACGGAAUUUAUUUUUAUACCUAUACGCGUAACUUUGUAUUGACUCUUGUUAAAAAUAAUAAGGUUUUUGUGGACAGAA